UGGGAAUUAAAGAAGCAAUAUGAGUUCUUCUAGAGACAGAAAUAUGCAUGAGAGAUUGCAACGGCUUCGAGCAAUCACCAAUUCCAGCGCUAUGAAUAAAGCCUCAAUUAUUGUUGAUGCUUCGAAAUAUAUCAACGAGUUGAAGCAAAAGGUGUCAAGGUUGAACCAAGAGAUUGGAACUUCUCAAACGCCAAUCGACGAAAAUCAAUUGCCCGCGCAGGUUACGGUUGAAACACUAGAAAAGGGUUUCCUUAUUAAUGUGUUCUCUGAUAAGAAUAGCCCUGGUUUGCUCGUCUCUAUUCUUGAAGCCUUUGAGAACCUGGGCCUUGAUGUGCUCGACGCUAGGGUUUCUUGUACAGACAAUUUCCAGCUAGAAGCAGUUGGAGAAGAAAGUGACAAUAGCAUUGAUGCACAAGUGGUGAAACAAGCUGUGUUGCAAGCAGUUAGAAACUGGAGUGAGCAAGAUUAAAUGAACCGGUCAAUAAUUUAGUUGGUUUUUGUAAUUCCUUUCCUUCUUGCCCUAUAUUGUUUCACGUUUCAUUAUGUGAUGUUGUUGUAACAAAAUUUUCUUAA